AUGUACAAGGCCGUCAUCCUGCCGACGCUACUGUAUGGAGCGGAGACUUGGACGGUGUACGCAAAGCAGGCACGUCGUCUAAACUACUUACACCUCAGUUGUCUUCGUCGCAUCCUGAAGCUGAACUGGCAGGAUCGCAUCCCCGACACGGAUGUGCUGGAACGGACGGGAAUCCUCAGCAUCUACGCCAUACUGAGGCAAAUUCAGCUGCGCUGGAGCGGCCACCUAGUGCGCAUGGACGACGAGCGACUACCCAAACGACUCUUCUACGGAGACGUCGCGACGGGUUCUCGCCGUCAAGGAGGCCAGAUUCGCCGUUACAAGGAUACCCUGAAGUCCUCCCUGAAAUGCCUGCAAAUCAACCCCACCAACUGGGAGGAGCUCGCACUCGAUCGACCGACCUGGAGGAGAACAAUGAAGACAGGCUCGGACGGAUCCUCACCUUGGCGUUCCAUCACACCCUCUGGUCCACACAACAAUAAUCAGGAUUUCAACCAACAACGGAGAUUUGGAGGCUGGCACGACCGAAGCCGCACCUAG